UGCUCCAGUUAUCCCCCAGCGGCGAGAGGGAGGUGUUGUGCGCCGGGCAGCUCUAGUCAAAACACCAACCGUGGCAUAUACCGGGCAGCUGGCGUGACUGGUGGGCGUGUACCGGUUUGAGUCACUAGUACGUGAGGCAACGAGCACCAAAUAACGGCUGGAAAUACCCGAAAAAGCCUGGAAAAGAGGAAAGUUAUGUUCUGAUUUCUCUUGUAAGCUUUCCCGAAGAUGCAGGAAGAGAGAGAGAGAGAGAGAGAGAGGCCCUGUGUAGCUCCUGAGUGUACCGGGGUGUAGCAGGGUGUACCGGCCACCACUUGACGGUACCGUGUGUCUCCUGCACUGACACACACACAGACAUACGCAAAAAAGAAAAACAACAACAAAAAACGUCAAAAAAACGUUCUUUCCUUACGUUUGUCACUGAACGUUGCUGCGGCGGCGGCGGCGGCGGUGGUGGUGGUGGUGGUGGUGAAUUGGUGAUGACUAGAUGGGAAUGAAACUAGCGAUAACUGGUGAUGAGAAUUGAAUUAGUGAUGACCUAACUGGUGAAAUAGAGACUGGUGAUGACUAGCAGGUGAAUGGAUGGUGAUGUUGGCGAAGUGGUGAUGCUGUGGUGGUGACAAGCAGCAGGUAACGGUGAUGACAGACAACAGCUACACCAGGAGGGAGGAGAUGAGGUAACCAAGCACCAUGAGGAAGGGAGGAGGAGGCAGCUGUGAGGGCCAAGGCACCAGGCCAGUGUCUUGGUGCAUUGGUGGCCCUGCUGCCGUGGCCCUGGCCCCCCCGCCCCCCCUGUUGCCAGAGGACCCCCGUGGUGACCUGGCCCGCCGUGGUCUGGCCCGGUCCACCUCGUACCAGGCCCUCCACUCCGCCCUGGCCAGGCUCUACAGAAUUGACGAUUUCCACAUGGAUAGAAUUGGCGCAGGAUUCUUCUCUGAGGUCUUCAAGGUGCGGCACCGAGUGACGGGGGACAUCAUGGUGCUGAAGAUGAACAAGCUGAUGAGCAACAGACACAACAUGCUGAGGGAGGUCGAGCUCAUGAACAGACUACACCAUCCCAAUAUUCUACGGUACUACGGUGUGUGUGUCAACGAGGGACAGGUCCACGCUCUCACUGAGUACAUCAAUGGAGGGUCGCUGGACUCCCUGAUUGGUAACCGUGCGGUGGGCCUCCCUUGGGCCAGCCGAGUGUCCCUGGCCCUGGACAUCGCGCACGGCAUGGCCUACCUCCACUCCCAGGGUGUCUUCCACAGGGACCUCACCUCCAAGAAUGUGUUGAUCAAGCACACACAGGAAGGAGGUGAAUACAAGCUGACAGCGGUGAUAGCUGACUUUGGCCUGGCAGCUCCAAUACCUCAUGAAAAGUGCAUGAGGCUGCGGCAGGUGGGGUCCCCUUACUGGAUGGCGCCGGAGGUGAUUCGAGGUGACUGGUAUGACCACAGAGUUGACGUGUUCAGCUUUGGCAUCAUUGUGUGUGAGAUGAUUGCAAGGUGUGAGGCGGACCCAGACAUCCUGCCCCGGACUCACAACUUUGGCGUGCAUUACCUGGACUUCUACCAAAUGUGCCAACAGGACUGCCCUGCUCUGUUCCUGCAGCUGGCCUUCAUGUGCUGCCAGAUUGAUCCUGCCUCUCGUCCGUCCUUUGAAGAGCUGAAGGCUAAGCUGGAGUACCUGCUGGCCCAACUCACUUCCCAGUCCACUUGUUGCACUGCCAGGAAGCUCAAGGUGUGCCACCGCCGCUCACAAUCCGACGAUACCUUUAAGCUCUUAAGGAACCAGAUGGGGGAAGCUGCGUGCGUCCCCGCGGCACCCCAGCUGGCACCGCCCGCCCCGUCCAGCACCACGGCCGUCACCCCGCAGGAGAUUGUGGAGAAGAUGAGUGCCGCCGACCCAUACUUCCAGCCCUCCACCGGCACUGUGAACCCCUUUGCUCAGUUAAAGCUGCCGGCACGGUCCCAGCUGGCACUGCAGGAAGGGGGGAGAUACUGCCACUCCCUGCCGGACUAUCCCCUUCUACUGGCAGAGACCUCCUCCGGCAUGGAGUCCAGGCACAUCCACACCUCUGACUCCUGCCUGUGCCAUGCGUCGGCACAUUGCCAGUGCCACGGCGGCCACGGCCACAGACACUUUCCCUCGCAUGGCGAUGCCGGCCGCAAACAGUGCCAGUGCCUGCAUGGCCCCAAGAAGUUCAGGGCCAGUGAGAGGGACGACUGCAAAUGUAAGUUGACACGGCUGUGCUGCGACGCCGCCGGCUCGGCCGACAGCUCCGCCAGCAGCCUGCCCCGCUCAGACCUGGGCAGCGGGGGGGAGGCGGGGGCGGCCAUGCUGCACAACACUCCCAUGGGCGGCCCUGUGCGGCGGCGAGGUUCCGGAGAGAGCGGUUUUUUUAGUGUAGGGGACGUGGAGCGUGUGGGAACGCCGGAGCUGUGUCUGUCGUACUCUGAGCUGAGCACGGCGUCGCUGAUCUCGGCGGAGGAUGAGGAGGCCAACCACCACUGCCUGGCCCAGCGCUCCUCCUCCGUCAUCACAGACAGUUCCGAGGACCUGUCCAGCUUGGGCUGCUGCCACGAUCCCCAGACCUGCGAGGCGUCCCUGUGUGAGGCGGAGGACCUGGUGCAGGCUGCCCACUACCAGGUGGAUACUGACAUCCGCCAGAUUGUUGACUUCUUUGAGCGGAACAUUGGCAGCGGCGGCAGCGACGGCCCACAGCGGCAGUCGUCGCGGCUGCGUCAGGGCUGCCUGGUGCCGCUGCUGACGCACAAGUUCAGCACGCUGCACGCCGGGCACCGCCUGGCCCUCACUGUACCCUGCCAGCACCACGCCGCCGCCGCCGCUGCUGCUGCUGCCGCCAAGUCCUCGCCCUCCUGCCUUGCCAAAGAGUCAGUGGGCGGCCGGCUGUGCCGCCAGCCCUGUGGCCGGCCGGACCGCCGUGAGGUGUUCCGGGUAAAGGAGCGGCCCAAGGUGUACAUAACGGAGGGAACCGUCCGAGCCAAACGCGACAUUUUUGAGGCAAAGUGAGCCAGUGAGCAAGUCAGUCAGGAUUAAGGUGAUGCAUAUACAUAUUUAUAAAUACUAUAUAUAUACAUACAUACAUACAUAUACAUAUAUUUUUCUUUAUACGAAGCAGUUUUUUGUUGUUCCAAACCCCAUUUUUAAAAAACUGUUGAUGAUGCUGAAGCUGAUGAUGCUGAUGAUAUUUCUGUUUCCUAGUCACAAGGUUAAGCAUUUUGUGAUAAUGAACUAACCAUUAUAUUUUUUUCCUUCUUUGUCUUGGAAUAAUAUGAAAAAUAAAAUGAAGUCAUUG